AUGCCUAGGGGCAACAAGAGUAAAGGCCACUCUCAUGGCAAAGGUCAUCAAGCACAUGGGGCUAGCCAGUGUCCCAAGGGUGCUCAACCAACUGUAGUGAAAGAAUCAGCAUCUCUUCCUGUUGGCCAAGCUAAUUCCCCAAGCUCUUCUAAAGCAUCCACUUCUCAGGGAGCUGCGUUUCCUGCCUCUCCUGUGGCAGGUGUAUCCUGCACAGGCUCUGAAAUGGAUGGUGAGGCUUCUGAUGUCCAUGUUGUUCAGGGAAGUCCACAUGCCUUCACUCAGCCUAUAUGCAUAGAUCCUCUUACCAAGAAGGUUAAUAUGUUGGUAGAGUUCCUGCUGGAGAAGUUUCAGAAGAGUGAGCAGUUUACAGAAGAUGAUAUGCUGAAAGUGGUCAGCAAGAAAUACAAAACGCAGUUUUCUGACAUCCUCAGGAAAUCUUCUUCCCGCAUGGAAAUGCUCUUUGCAAUGCGAUUGAAGAAAAUCAAUCCAGAUAGUCAGUCCUAUGCCAUUGUCAGCAAGCUAGGUCUCUCCACUGCUGAAAUUCUAAGUGGCAAGAGAGGGUUGCCAAAGAUGGGUCUCCUGAUGACCAUCUUAGGUUUGAUAUUCACAAAAGGCCAUCGUGCCACUGAGGAAGAGAUCUGGCAAUUCCUGAGUGUGUUAGGAGUAUAUGCAGGAAGGAAGCACUUUAUCUUUGGGGAGCCCCGAAAACUCAUCACCAAAGAUCUGGUUGAGCAAAAUUACCUUGAGAUCCGUAAGAUGUCUGGGGGUAAAUCCCCAAGAUAUGAUUUCCUCUGGGGUUCCCGGUCCCAUGUAGAAACCAGCAAAAUGAAAGUGCUAGAAGUUUGGGCUAGGAUUAAUGACACUGUUCCUAGCUUCUUUCCUACUCCAUAUGUAGAAGCUCUUAAAGAUCAAAUGGAGCGAGAAGAGCAGACAUCUCCAGCCUUGGACAAGGCCAGCGUUUAUCCCAGGUGCAUAUGCUGCAGCUCCUCUCACACAUAG